CUUUUUAAUGGGACAGUUCAUUUUAGGUAAUCGUUUAUGCGGUUCUCCUUGGGGAAUAUUAUAGCUUGCUCCCCGUUUGCGUUUUCAUAAUGACGAAAUCUCAGUCAAAAGAAGACCUUAUUGGCUCCAAAGAGCAGCUGCGUGGAGAUCGUAAAUCAUUCGUCUUACCACCCGAUUAUGUGUUAUCACCCACCGAAAAAAAGUUUCUGUUGCUCGCUGAGCGAGGAGACUGCGCGUCUGUUCAGAGGAUAUUGGAGGAACACAGAGGUCAGCCGGAUAUACUCAACAUCGACUGCACGGACCCGUUGAACAGAUCGGCAUUGAUAACAGCCAUCGAAAAUGAAAACAUGGAUUUGAUACAGUUGUUGCUCAAAUCCGGGAUCAAGGUUAAAGAUGCUUUGUUGCACGCUAUCAAGGAAGAGUACGUGGAAGCGGUGGAACUUUUACUGGAAUGGGAGGAAAAAAUACACGUCGUUGGAGAUCCUUACUCUUGGGAAGCAGUGGAAUCGUCGGCUUCGACGUUUACGCCUGACAUAACGCCACUGACACUUGCAGCUCACAUGAACAACUAUGAAAUAUUAAAGAUCCUUUUGGACAGAGGUGCUACAUUGCCCAUGCCCCACGACGUCAGGUGUGGCUGUGACGAGUGUAUUACGUCAAACACACAUGAUUCACUUCGGCACUCGCAUUCAAGAAUAAACGCAUACAAAGCACUUACGUCUCCAUCCCUAAUAGCUCUAUCAUCAAGAGAUCCUCUACUGACCGCUUUCGAAUUAAGCUGGGAGCUUCGCCGACUAAGCACCAUGGAAUCUGAAUUCAGAAAUGAAUAUAAUGAAAUGAGGAAUACUGUUCAGACAUUUGCUACAUCGCUGUUGGAUCACGUGAGGACGUCGUACGAACUGGAGAUUAUGUUGAAUCAUAAUCCCAAAGGUGAUCCGUGGGAACCGGGAGAGAGACUGACCCUGGAACGUUUAAAAUUGGCUAUCAAAUACAAACAGAAAGCGUUUGUAGCUCAUCCAAACGUUCAACAAUUGUUAGCCGCCAUCUGGUACGACGGUUUACCUGGUUUUCGUCGGAAAAGUAUGGUCGGACAAAUGAUCGAAGUUGGGAAACUUGGUGCAAUGUUCGCGAUGUAUGGUUCGAUGUACAUGCUAAAUCCAGAUUCAAAAAUGGGCCAGCUGAUGAAGAAACCGUUUAUAAAAUUCGUCUGCCAUUCGUCUUCUUACGCAUUUUUUUUGACGUUACUAGCAUUAGCAUCUCAAAGAGCCGAGUUUUUAGCCCUAGAAUGGAUUGACACCGAUUGGACGAAAUCGAUACUAGAGGAAAUGACAAGAAAAGAAAGAGGAUCUAUACCCGGGCCUAUAGAAUGUGGUAUCAUAUUGUACAUCAUAAGUUUAAUAUGGCGAGAAGCGCACUCGCUGUACGCGGACGGUCUGGUGGACUAUGCAGCUGACUUAUGGAACAUAGUAGACUUCAUAACCAACGUAUUCUAUAUGGUGUGGAUAAGUUUGCGGUUUUCGUCCUGGUACAUUGUUCAGAGAGAAUACAGUGAAGGGUAUGAUCCUUGGUUGCCGCGAGAAGACUGGGAUAAAUUCGACCCCCAUUUGGUGUCCGAGGGAGCGUUCGCAGCUGCCAUGAUAUUCAGUUUCUUAAAGCUCGUGCAUAUAUUCAGCGUAAACCCUCACCUGGGACCACUUCAGAUAUCGUUGGGUCGUAUGAUCAUCGACAUCAUAAAAUUCUUUUUCAUCUACACGCUGGUGCUUUGUGCUUUCGGAUGCGGUUUAAAUCAAUUGCUUUGGUAUUACGCGGACUUGGAGUCGAAAAAAUGUUACCACGACAACAGUGACAUUGCUGAUUUCGAAAAAGAAGAAAAGGCCUGUUCGACGUGGAGGCGAUUUGCCAAUAUAUUCGAAACAUCUCAGUCCCUAUUUUGGGCUGGUUUUGGACUUGUUGAUUUGACAGCGUUUGAUCUAACCGGAAUUAAGAGCUUCACUAGAUUUUGGGGUCUACUGCUGUUCGGAUCGUACUCGGUAAUCAACAUAAUCGUUUUGCUAAACAUGCUUAUCGCUAUGAUGUCCAAUUCGUAUCAGAUAAUUUCGGAACGGUCUGACAUGGAAUGGAAGUUUGCUCGUAGUUCGUUGUGGAUUUCGUAUUUUGAGGACGGAGACACCGUACCGGCUCCUUUCAAUCUGUUUCCUUCACUUAAAAAUGUCAAACGUAUGAUAGGCCUCGAGAAGACAAAGCGAACAUCCGGGUCAAUGAUUUUCAAGUCCAGGGAAAAAGCGUCAGCCCGGCAUGAUAUUGUUAUGCGGCUUUUGGUGAGACGCUAUGUGACUGCAGAACAACGCAAGAGCGAAGAAUUUGGCAUUACUGAAGAUGACGUGAUGGAAAUACGACAAGACAUAUCGUCCAUGAAGUUCGAGAUGAUCGAUAUAUUCAAGCAAAACGGGUAUAAAACACCCAAAAAAGAACACGAUUCUAAUGUCGCCCAAGGAAAGAAAGGCCGGGUGAUGGAACGUCGAUUGCUCAAAGACUUCCAGAUCGGUUUGGUCGAGGGAUUGAUACAGGAUGCUAUGGCGUCUAACGAAAAGGGACCAAAGGACGUAUUCAGCAAGAUCGCAAAGGCCAUCGGCCGGCGGACCAGCCAGGGCAGCAAGAAGAAGGACUGGAACGCGGUGGUGAGGCAGAAGAGUCUGGCCAGGGACCCGAUCGGUAGCACGGCCGAGGGAACGGAACGGCGACACCGGCAGAGCGUACGCCGGUAUAUCCUGGACCACCAGAAGGACAGCCUAAUGUCGAUGGACGCCGAGCGGCUGGUCGAGUACAAUCCGCUGCUGGCCGAAAUAGCGCCGGCGGCACGUGUGGCGUAUGCCAAAUUCAAGAUACCAAAGAUCAAGCAGGAGUACGAGGAGAACACGAUGGGACAGGACGAGGUGUUUGAUAACGUUCCCACCGUGGACAUUGUGGACGAAACGAAAAAAAGUUCGAUCGCCCGGCCGAGACCGAAGAGUGCUAGGCAUUCGCCUGUGGCCGGUGCAUUGCCCUAUCCGUCGACCGGUACUGACAAACAGCCCUCCGAUACUGGGUCGACCAAGUCGGCCGAUGCUAGUCAACAGCAAACCAAAACGAUCCAACGAACAAAGACCACAGAACUCAAAGACAGUGCAUCGGCGUCCGUCGCGGGUGACACCACCAAGGUUGUUCCCCCUGGAGUUCUAAAAAAAGGACCGGUACAAACGAAACCGGAACCUGGUACAUCUCGAGAACCGGUAAAGGACACUGACGGUCAAUCUCAACCAUCUACUUCUGGUUCGGGAGGGAAAAGUCAAAAAGAGGCAGAAAAGGAGCACGAAGGAUCUAAGAAACAAAACACUGGUAGUUCAAAAGACUCCGAUAAAGCAAAGGAUGCGGAUAAAGCAACGGACAUGGAUACAUCAAAAGACUCGGAUAAAUCAAAAGACUCGGAUCAAUCGAAAGACGCAGGUACAUCAAAAGAUACUGGAAAAUCAAAAGACACUGAUAAAUCAGAAGAAAAAGAUAAAGGUGGCAAACUCUUGAAACCAGAAUCUCCGAAACGGUCAGCGAGUCCAAAGAAACCAGGCGGUAAAUCAAAAGUCACAGGAGAAAUUUUGACUGGUUGGUUGUGAGGACUGCGAUCACUCCCUUUUUAGUGAUGAUAAAAUACAUUUAUAACGAGAAAAAUAUUAAAUUGGUUUAUGGCCUAGUGAUCUUCUAAAAUAUUAUAAUUUAUCAUUGAAAAAUCUACAAAAUGUAAGUUCACUAAAUGAAGAUGUCUAAACGUAUAAAUAUAUUUUACUGUCAACUAAAAUACAA